AUGGCAUCUAUUUCACGAAGCUACUCUCCAAGACGCAUACACCUGCGAAGCAAUUCAAGCAGCUUUGCGGGAGACGACGUGGACGCCACAUCGACGCCAACUGUCCUGUCGAAUGUCAUCAGUGAAACGUCCACUGCCUCCACAACCGACGCGACGACUGCCCUCGAAACCUCUGAUGAGCCGCCUACUGAUAGGCUCAAGGAGUCUGCAGAGCAGAUCCCUCAGAUGCCGUCGGGUACAUCAUCGGAUUCACCACCGACUCCAACUCCGGUACCCGUUGAACCAACUCCCGAAACCCCUGAACUCGCAGGGCUACAACUCUCCACUAUCAGACCGGACGUGGGCAAUGCAAGCCUUAUUGUCUCAACUGAAGUUUUUGAAGAGGAGAUCACCCCUCAGGAAACUCCAGCGCCAAUUCGCGUCAACGACGAGGCCACAGAAACAACUCAGGACGAGAACCUAUCAUCGUCAGUUGAGAGCAUCUCCGAGACAGGCGUUCUGAGCAGACCCGCGCCUACAUCUACGCCUGAACCUACAAGUGAUGGUGAUGGUACCUUCACGGGAUCCGAUGACGACCCGAUCAAUACUGUGGGAUUGCCGCCCGUAGUCCCAACUGGCCCAGCUACUGAGAGCGGUGAUCUAUUGCAAGAAGGCGCCGUCGAGUUUCCUCAGGAGUCUGCUCCAGGCACCGAUCAGGGCGGGCCCCAAGAAAAUGGCGACAACGGUGCAGAUGGUGAAGAGAGUGAAGAGAAGGAGGACAGCGACGACACUGCGGGCAGAAAUGAUCAAAACCGGGACGACGAUACCUCACCUCCUGAUGAUGUCGAUGUCAUUGAUGACAAUGAGACUGGUGGCGCUGAACCCGAAUCAAACACUUCGGAACCAGGGAAGGAAACCCAGACCGCAGCUGACAAUAGCGCACCAGGGGAUGGAGGUAGCCCUGCGAUAACGCAGACAGGAACGGCAGUGCCAUCUUUACCGACAGACAUUUUCUCCGGGGGAGACGAUGGUGGCAGCACGGAUCGAGAGCUGGCAGGGUCAGCUGAAGGGAAUGAUGGACUCUCAGGUCCGCAGAAGGCUGGCAUCAUUGCGGGCAGCGUCAUUGGCAGUGCCAUCCUAUUUGCACUCAUCGCGUUCCUCAUCUGGUACAUACGCAAGCGAAGACGCGAUCGGAAGUAUCAGUAUGUGAUCAAGACGCCUAUGGUCGAGCAACCGCCGGCACUCGACCCAAUACCUCGGUCAGCACGGUUGACCGAAGCUGUGGCCAACAUUUUCAAGCCGACCACGGCUUCGAAUAUGAGCUCGCGGGUCGAUCUGAGUCGUGGCAAUCCCCAAUUUUCGACAGAUGGCCAGCCCAGAUCGCGAGCCUUGUCAGCAGGACCCAUUGGCACAAACGGUAAUCCUGCCAGGAACGGCCAAGAUCCUGCUUGGCCCUCGGACCCGGGCUCUCUACGAAUUCAUAACGCCAGGCCGAUGGGCAACGCGGUUGCCCAGCUCAGCGACCCCUUUGCGGACACCAAUGCCAUCGCGACCUCGGGCCGACACCCUGCUGAUCCCUUUCAUGACUCACAAGCGAUUCAAAAGAGCCCACGUCUGUCUCUCGUCCCUGCUUGGGACCCGCGAACCGCCCGUCCACGUGGUUCCACGACUGGAAGCAUCCGCCAGACUUCUCUACAGCCUGGCCAGCCGGGCGCAUCCGCCCCCAUCAAGGCACGGCCGAACGCUCCACCGCCAGGACGAACAAACGUCCGGUCAGAUCAGUUCGAUUUGGAAAUCGCGUUUCCGCCGGCGGCUUUGAUCCCUCCUGUGCCACGAUUGCAACGCCCCGAGAGCUACACCUCACUAGUGAGCACUCUCAGUAGCUACAGCCAGUCGGAUCAUCAAAAUAGGGUGAGGGUUUCGCGGUUUGGCGAAGCGUUGUAG